AGUUACACAAACUCUCUAUACAGCCGAAACGCAAAUUCCCAUUGACUGCCGGUUGGUAUUGUCCCCAUACAACAACGGAGCGUGGCGGGUUUUAUUGUUCAAAGAAGAAAUUUGACCCUGAACGCUGCUGUAUGAUUUUCACGCAGAAAUGAUCAAUUCCUUGGCAACAACAAACGGCCGCCAUUACUGCUUCCUGUGAAAGGCAGCCAUGGAGAGAAGAUAAUUCAUAGAAGAAGAAGAGCUUCGUAGAUCUAUUAUUAGAAAAUGUCGCUCCGCUGGGCCGACGAGAUGGAGGACAACGGCUCCCUGUGGGAAGGUCUGGGGACCCUGCGGGAAGAGGACGACGGCAACGACGACCUUAGCCUGUCUCAGUCAUCAGAGGAAGACGGUGCCCCGUCUCCAGUCUAUCUGAAACGCUGGGGAGUCCCCAUUAAGACUGGUUUUGAGGAGCUGGAGCCCCUGGUGUCCAGGGAGAUGGAGCCCAUGUUCUCAGCUCGCCUUGGGUCAGGUUAUUACUUAGAGAGAGCGUCUAGUAGUGAAUCAAUAGCCACAGAUCUGUCCUUACUGUCCUGUUCCUCUCUCGGAGUGAAAAAGGUCGAAAGAACUCGUAGAAAACAGUCUAAAAAUCAGAUCCGUGAUACUGAAAAUACGCACACUAAAACUAACUGGGACCAAAUAUCAGCCAAUGAAAACAGUAGCCUGACGCAGAUGGUGUUGAAGGACGCUUCUGCCAUGCAGGGGGUCGGCGGAGGCGCGUCUGGCGGUGCUUUUAGUUUGUGGAACAUGACACGCGCCAUUGAAGCUUUAAAUGAAGCGGAGCGCAAGCUUAUCUUAAAGACAUAUCAUACCAGGGGGAUAAUGGGGGUUGUCAAAAGUUACAGCACCACCGACGUCAGAGAAAGUGGCACUUACACCCCAGUAAAGUUGAGACAACAGAAGACACUUGAACAAAAAGCGACGCGAACCCAGUCCGCUUCGUCAGACCGCAGACCCUCCCGCGUCUCCAUUAGGGAGUGUCCAAGCUCUGCAGGGUCGCAUCUGCCUGGCAUCGGUCAGGCGUCCACCCGCGGAGGAAGUGGGGCGUCUAGGACUUCCGCUGACCAAAGAUUGGUCAGUGCAAAGAAAGUUUUCAGAAACUUCAGCAGAAUGAGCUCAAAAAUGAGACGUAAAAUACUGAACACUUUGGCAGACUUGGACCAUAACACAGGGUACGGUGACACACAUCACGCUUCCAUGGAAACGAUGAAAGAUCCGUCUGCGUUUCUUCGCAUUGAAGACGACUUCCAGAAACUUCCGCGCAUGCCCCAGAGGAUACGCAUAGCGCCACAGCUAGCUAAAGUAAUCAAAGACGACAUCAGAGACAGAAUAGGGAAACCUAGAUAUACCGAAAUCAAAGAAACACUCUUACAAAGAUUCAAUAAAAAUUUGGACCAGAACGAGCGAACUCAGAGAAAUUUGAUGAUAUUUAACUGGCUUCAGAAUUUGGACGAGAAAAACUUUGAACCUAUGGAACCAGAAAGAAAUCCCGAGCUCCGUAUGCAAAUGUAUGGAGUUACAACAACAGUUCAAUGACCUGAAUUACAAAACGUUUUUGUCUUCUUUCUACCUUUACUUAGAAAUAGGAAAAUUUUAUCUUGGGGGGACUAAGGAAACAUUUCAUCAUGUUAAGUGCUGAAGAAAAAUGAACAUCAGUUAUCGAAACAUUUACAUUUGGACGAGUAUUAUUCAAUGCUCUCCGUGCAUAUUAUGACGUAUUUCCAUCCUUUCCUUUGUUGACUUUUCAAUCAAAUAGCCUCUGGCGUUCUUUUCCUGUUUUCGGGAUAAGCAGUUACAUGUUUUGGUGUCAAGUCAAUUGGAUCGGUGCUUGGUCAUGUAAAAACCAAUCGAUUGCUCAAACAAGGUUGAUUUUUUUACACACCAUUUUCAUGCAACUUGAAUGCUCACAUUU